CACACACACAGGCUCAGGCACACACACAGAAACAAAUUUGAGUUCCCCUAUCUGUCAGAGCCAGUUCCUCCAUUUAAGAUGCUGACUUGUUUAUGUUCCAAAGGCAAGUGAAUGACUUUUGUUCACUCUUGCGCUUUACUUUGAGGCUCGUGUUUGAGUUUUUUUCUCUUUUGCAGCAGGUGGAGGCAGCAUGAAGACUGUGUAGCUGCCGAUUUGUGGUUGAUUGACAUCUUCAAGCACGGUUUAGAUCUGGAGUUUAGUCUAGUGGGUGACUGGUAGGGAGGCGGCCCUCACCCUCCAGCAGCGCUCUGCCCUGUGCCCGCUCUUGCUGUCCUGGGCACAUACACACAUCGAGGACACAGAGGAGGAGGAGGAGGAAGAAGAGGAGGAGGAGUAGGGUCAACCAUGGAACUGUGAGGGACGCGCUCAGAUGCCCAAGCGGAUCACCAGUAGAGGAGGAGUGCUGCCGAGGAGAGGAGCGCUGCAAUGAACAAGGCAAAGAGGAAACCCAGUGAGAGCCGUGGUGUGCUGAAGAGCAGGAAACUCGUCCAGCGGAGGAGGAAUACAUGUCCCAGUCCUCAGGACAUCACCCGGGCCCUGCAGAGCCCCAGCUCUCCCCCCAGUUCCAGCGCUGCCAGCUUGGAUGAGCUCAUACAGCGCUGCUUGAACUGCUUUGAUUCGGAGGGGAAGCUCUCCAGCCCCAAAGGGUCUCAGCUGGUCCACAUGACGCUGAUGAUGCACAGUUGGGUAGUGCCAUCGCAAACGUUCGCCCAGAAACUUCUUGCCCUCUAUAAGGAUGCUCCGUUGGACAAGAGAGGGCUGAGGCGGGCGCAGAUCUGCCACCUUGUCAGGCAGUGGAUCGGCCAGUUCCCAGCUGUGUUUGAGGCCGACCCACUUCUUGAGCAGACCAUGGGGGACCUGUGGGCGCUGGUUCGGUCAGAUGGACAGGAGACGCACUCACAGCUCAUCGACACCUCCUGCUUAAACCCUCAUCUGAACGUUUCCCAGGCGCCUUCACCCUCUGUGAAGAAGAGGAAGGUAUCCCUGAUCUUUGACCACAUGGAGCCGGAUGAAAUGGCCGAGCAUCUCAGCUACCUGGAGUUCAAGAACUUCUGUAACGUUUCAUUCCUGGACUACCGCAGCUACGUGGUGCGAGGCUCGGUGAGGGACAACCCGGCUCUGGAGCGGUCCGUCAUGAUGUGCAACGGCGUCUCACAGUGGGUCCAGCUGAUGAUCCUCAGCAGACACACGGCCCAGCAGCGAGCACAGGUCUUCACCAAGUUCAGCCACGUGGCUCAGAAACUUCGGGCUCUGCAGAACUUUAACACUCUCAUGGCAGUAACUGGAGGCCUCUGUCACAGCUCCAUCUCCCGCCUCAAAGACACCUCUAACCUGCUGCCUCCAGACAUCACUAAGGCCCUGAGUGAGAUGACGGAGCUGCUCUCCUCGCGCAGCAACUACAGCAACUACCGGCGCGUGUACAACGAGUGCAGCGGCUUCAAGGUGCCCAUCCUGGGCGUCCACCUAAAGGACCUGAUCUCGCUGAACGAGGCCCUGCCGGACUACAUCGAUGAGGAGAAGAUCAACCUGAGCAAGCUGCAGCACUUGUACAGCAACAUCAACGACCUGUUGGCCAUUCACAGCUGCACGCCGCCCUUCGAGGCCAACAAAGACCUUCUGCAUCUGCUCACACUCUCUCUAGAUUUGUACUACACCGAGGAUGAGAUAUAUGAACUUUCAUACACCAAGGAACCCAAGAACCCUAAGAUCCAGCCUGUAGCUCCAGUUAAACCACCGGUAGUGGCAGAGUGGGGGUCAGGGGUCACCCCCAGGCUUGACCCCGACACCAUAUCCAAACACGUCAAACAGAUGGUGGAUUCCAUCAUGAAAAACUACGACCAGAACCAAGACGGCUACAUUACACUGGACGACUUUGAGAAAAUAACAGCCAACUUCCCCUUCUCCUUCUGCACCCACGAAACUGACAGGGAGGGACAGAUCAGUCGUGAAGAAAUCACCUCUUACUUCAUGAGGGGAAUGUCUGUAUGUGCCAAGCUGGGCUACAACUUCAAAGACGCACACAACUUCCAUGAAACCACGUACAAACGGCCGACGUUCUGCGACACGUGCGGGGGCUUUCUGUGGGGAGUCAUUAAACAGGGCUACCACUGCAAAGAUUGUGGGAUAAACUGUCACAGACACUGCAGGGAUCUGGUGGGAAUGGAGUGCUUAAAGAAACACAAAAACACAACUGGGUCCUGCCCAUGCACCCCCGCGCCCGACCCCAGAACCAAGGGCAACAGCUGGAUAACGAGACGGAUCACAUCAAGGGAACUCCGCUUUGGAAAAACAACACCGGUGACUGGACGCUGUCGGACCGCUCCACUCAGACGGACCCAGGAACGUGGACGCCACAGAAAAAGGACAAGAGGGGAAACAACCACAACUCCCUCGCUUAUGCGUGUUCAGACAGAAAGGUCAACACACUGCCACAGAGAACCCGGGGCUGCUCCAUGCCCGUCGCCCUCCUGCAGGAGCAGAUGGAGGAGCUGCAUCUCUACGAAGACAAGAGCCGGGAACCAGACUGAGCGUUUCCCCACGUUUAACACAGACAAUAACAAUAAUAAUAAUAAUAAUAAUAAUAAUAUUGACGCCGUCUCUGACACCAAUGGUGCUGAACUGAUGAGAUUCACUGGCCACUGGCUUGAGUUUCAACCAGCGGUUAAUAACGGACUACUUCAUGUUUCAAGUGCUUGUGACAGGUUUUUCCAUUUUUUUGUCUUUAUAGUUUGGUUUGUUGUUCCAGCUCCAAACAAACACCUGUCUCUGUAAUUUAUGAACAUCUUACUUUGCUCUUUUGUUCUCUGGUGCUAAGAUGCAACACAACCUCAAAUCCAUUCGGUCAUUUCAAAUAUGACGACGUCCAGACAAA